CUACCGUCUAGGGCGGUUCUCCCUAAGUCGGUUUAUCAACUCCUAUAUAAACCACCACCUCUUCCAUGGUUUUCAUAGUUUAUCUCUUCUGAUAAAAAUCUACGUUCAUUCUUCAAGUUUUCUUCGUUUCCUCUCAAGAUGCAGAUCUUCGUCAAAACUCUCACCGGCAAGACCAUCACCCUUGAGGUCGAAAGCUCCGACACCAUCGACAACGUCAAGGCUAAAAUCCAGGACAAGGAGGGGAUUCCCCCGGACCAGCAGAGGCUGAUCUUCGCCGGCAAGCAGCUGGAAGACGGCCGUACAUUGGCCGACUACAACAUCCAGAAGGAAUCCACCCUCCACCUGGUCCUCCGUCUCCGUGGAGGGAUGCAGAUCUUCGUCAAAACCCUCACCGGCAAGACCAUCACCCUGGAGGUGGAAAGCUCCGACACCAUUGACAACGUCAAGGCUAAGAUCCAGGACAAGGAAGGGAUUCCCCCAGACCAGCAGAGGUUGAUCUUCGCCGGAAAGCAACUGGAGGACGGCCGCACCUUGGCCGACUACAACAUCCAGAAGGAGUCCACCCUCCACCUGGUCCUCCGUCUCCGUGGAGGUAUGCAGAUCUUUGUCAAGACUCUGACCGGCAAGACCAUCACCCUUGAAGUCGAAAGCUCCGACACCAUCGACAACGUCAAGGCCAAGAUCCAGGACAAGGAAGGCAUCCCCCCGGAUCAGCAGAGGCUGAUCUUCGCCGGAAAGCAACUGGAGGACGGCCGCACCUUGGCCGACUACAACAUCCAGAAGGAGUCCACCCUCCACCUGGUCCUCCGUCUCCGUGGAGGUAUGCAGAUCUUUGUCAAGACUCUGACCGGCAAGACCAUCACCCUUGAAGUUGAAAGCUCCGACACCAUCGACAACGUCAAGGCCAAGAUCCAGGACAAGGAAGGCAUCCCCCCGGAUCAGCAGAGGCUGAUCUUCGCCGGAAAGCAGCUGGAGGACGGCCGAACCUUGGCCGACUACAACAUCCAGAAGGAGUCGACCCUCCACUUGGUCCUCCGUCUCCGUGGAGGUAUGCAGAUCUUUGUGAAGACCCUGACGGGGAAGACCAUAACCUUGGAGGUGGAGAGCUCGGACACGAUUGACAACGUGAAGGCGAAGAUCCAGGAUAAGGAAGGCAUUCCCCCGGACCAGCAGAGGCUGAUCUUUGCAGGGAAGCAGUUGGAGGAUGGAAGGACCCUUGCUGAUUACAACAUCCAGAAGGAGUCCACCCUCCACCUUGUCCUCCGUCUCCGUGGUGGUUUCUGAAUCUAUGGUGGUUGUGCAUCUGGUUGAGUUGCAGAUCAACUCUGCUGCUGCUGGUUUGCUGUUUGGUGGGUCACUGCUAUGAUAUGAUGAAUUAUUGUUAUGUGUUUGUUGAACUGUUUAUAUGUCUUCCAUUUCGUGUUCCUCCGUCCGCUGCUUUGUUUGAAUAAAAUUGUCCGUCUCUUGUGUUAAA